CAGCUCAUCUCCUGUGCUGUGGGUUUCGUGGAUCUCACAGCUCAUGGAUAGGGCUCCUGCAGCACCGUCAGCCUGUCUGCCGUGUCCAUCAGCAGACUCUCCCGGUGUAGAUCUGCGCUGCAGCCGGUCUCAGACGCGUCCCAUUCACGGAGCAGCAGCAGCAGCCUGAGCAGCUGUCAUGAGAAUCAGCUGGACGAACAAGGAAGGAGAUAAACAACAACACGACUCCGUCUUUCUAAAUCAAGGUUUUAUCUGGUGAGGCGGCAGGAUGGCGGGGGCAGAGGUGUUCACCCCUGCAAACCCCACCUGCAAGAUCAUGACCUUCAGGCCUACUAUGGAGGAGUUCAAGGACUUCAACCAGUACCUGGCUUACAUGGAGUCUCAGGGUGCACACCGCGCAGGCCUGGCGAAGGUGAUUCCUCCUAAAGGCUGGAAGCCUCGUCGCACCUAUGAUGACAUAGAUGAACUGAUGAUCGACGCUCCCAUCCAGCAGAUGGUGGCCGGCCAGUCAGGGCUCUUCACUCAAUACAACAUUCAGAAGAAGCCUCUUAAUGUGGCGGAGUUCAGGCGACUAGCUAACAGUGACAUGUACUGUACACCUCGCUACCUGAACUACGAAGAUCUUGAAAGAAAGUAUUGGAAGAACCUCACUUUUGUCUCACCCAUAUAUGGUGCGGAUGUCAGUGGCAGCCUCUAUGAUGAGGAUGUGGAGGAGUGGAACAUCGGCCACCUGAACUCUAUCUUGGAUGUUAUUGAGGAGGACUGUGGUGUAUCCAUCCAGGGCGUCAACACCCCAUAUCUGUACUUUGGCAUGUGGAAGACCACCUUCUCCUGGCACACAGAAGAUAUGGACCUGUACAGCAUCAACUAUCUCCACUUUGGAGAGCCAAAGUCCUGGUAUGCCAUCCCCCCUGAGCAUGGGAAAAGACUGGAGCGCCUGGCUACAGGUUUCUUUCCCAAUAGCUUCAAGGGAUGUGAGGCUUUUCUUCGUCACAAGAUGACUCUAAUCUCCCCUUCCAUACUGAAGAAGUAUGGCAUUCCCUUUGAUAAGAUUACUCAGGAAGCUGGAGAGUUUAUGAUCACCUUCCCUUAUGGCUACCAUGCUGGCUUCAAUCAUGGUUUCAACUGUGCUGAGUCAACCAACUUUGCCACUGUGCGCUGGAUAGACUAUGGCAAGGUUGCCACACAGUGCACAUGUAGCAAGGACAUGGUAAAAAUAUCUAUGGAACCGUUUGUGAAGCGUUUUCAACCUGACCGGUAUGCAAACUGGAUGUUGGGCAAAGAUUCGACACCUAUUGACCACACAUUUGCCACUCCUAGUAGUACACCUGAGCUGCAGAGCUGGUUGCAGAGGCGCCGCAAGACAAAACCUGCCAAUAAAGGCAGCACCCACUCUCGAAUGCGCUCCAAGCGCCUCAGAACCACAGAGGAACCUGUUGGUCUGGAUGGCAGCUCGGCUCUGACUGGCAGCAAGAGAAAAGGUCUGGGUGGUCCACCUGGGCCCAAGGUGCGAAGGUCUGUUGCAGGGCCAGCCUGCAAGGCAGAAAAGGUGGAGGAAGAGGAAAAAGAGGGGAAAAAAGAAGGCAGGGAAGCUGAAUCAAAGCACAACCAGAAUCUUAACUCUGCUCAGCUUUCUGGUGCUUGCAGACAGAUGUGUGUGGUCAAGGUAAAUCGAGUAGAGAGUAAUCGUUUGGGAUUUUCUACUGUGGAUCCUAAAAACUCUUGCUCCAGCUCCUUUCCCUCCCCUGCCUCAGUAGUAAAGAAUGACUUAAAGGCAGAGACAGACACUCAUCCUGAUCCUGAUCCUCAAUACAUCUCAGAGUCAGGGGUCACGAGCAGGACUCCUGAAGGACUCAGACAUUGGCCUGAGGCUACCCAGAUGCAUCCGAAAAUUAAUGAAUCAAGGUGUUGCUCUCCUCAACCACAAGACCUCUCUUCUCAGGAUUGCUCUACCAGGGCUGAUCCCUGGGAGGCCUCCAAACACAGCUCAUCUUCCCACACAACAAAUACACAGAUGGGUUUGUGUCCUCCAGACUCUGAAGUUCAGACUUCUAGUUCCUUGUGUCGAGAAGACUCUUUACGCCUAGCACCAAACACUGAGAGCAGCAUGGACACAGGUGCUGAGAAUCACAUUAAUGAUACUGCUAAGGCAGAAAAAAUGGACACUGUUGACCCAAAACGUAUCAAUCCACACUCCACUAAAGAAGCACUUUAUGAUCCCAGAACUGAGCCAGUAGAGGGGGGUAGUAACACACAAUGUGGCCCUUCCUCCUCUUCAGGACACAAUUGCAGUUCAAAAACCAGCAGCACUGAAGAAAUUAUUUUCCCUCCUCUGUUACAGAGGAAUGCGGGGGAUAUGCCACAUCUCACUCCUGAGCCAGCAGAUAAGGUUGGAAUCUGUCCGUUGCCACCUGUACUGACCCAAGAGAUGCCCUCCCUCACCCCUGCGGACGAUGGGUUAACUGACAGACCGAAAUCUAGAACGUACACUCACCAGGUUGCACCUGUGCUUCAGCGGGAGACGCCAGCUGGCUCCCAAUCCUCACAUGGAGCCAAACAGAAGGAGACAAAGACUGACUCAAUGAUGUCAAAAGAAUCUCUUACUGCAGAACACGCCAACAACUGGCAUUUAGAUCCUCCGUAUAAUUGUGGCGGGCCAGCAGUAUCUGGUUUAGAACGUAGCUCAGCUCAUUUAACUAGCAAUGCUAUGCACAAAAUAACAUCUGGUCGUGUCCAGGAAAUACUAAUAAUGCCAGAGAUUGCAGCAGAAAAGGGUCACACAAAGCUAGAAAAUCUUACUCCUGGACAGAGUAAUGUCUCCUCUCACCACCUAGUUCAGAGCGUUGCACCCCAAACAGAGCAGCAGUCCAGCUUAGCAGAGUUAGAAAGUAAAGAUAACUCCAAGGACCCAGCUCAAAGAGACAGUGUCUUCAGUCUCAGAAGUACUGGCUCUCUUUUGACUGGUGCCUCAAACAAUAAUCCCCAGGCCCCUUCCCCUCCAGUACGCUCUCAAAAUGACAGUCACUCAGCAUUACAGCUUCACAACACAACAUACUCCCCUUCACAUUGUACCUCAUACAUAGAGCCCAAACCCUUCUCCAGCAGCAUUUGGAAAAACUUCAACUCCCAGGGUCCUGCAGUACUCAUCCAGAGUCUCCACCCAGAACUCCCUUCUGACUUCACUCAUGACCCCCUACCUUACACCAUGUGGACUGAACCACAGUGCAAAGAGGUCACAGACCUGGAGGACCCAGAACAAGACCUCCGUGAGUCAGAGAGCCAGGAGGAGGAAGCUGGGCCUCUCACCUGGGCCCAGCUUGAGCCCACCUCUUUAGUUUCAGUUGGUGCUGUAGAGCCCCUGGGGUUUUGUGGAGAUUAUGAGCUGGGGAGACAGAGGGAGACAGAGGAGAGUCUGCACUCAGAUACUGCUGUUUCACCCCCAAUGAUAGGGGUAGGAGAACAGGACGGGGUGUCCGAUAUGGAAGAAGGGGGGUCUGAUGGGGAAGAGGCAGAGCAGCCAAGUAGUGCCAAGGGAGAGACCAGUAGUGAUUCAUCUGAUGAAGAGGAAGAAGAAGAGGAGGAAAAUGAUACAAGCAACUACGAGUGUGAUGAAUCGGGCCUGGAACCUGGGGAGGUUUGUGCUUACCCUGCCCUGUCAGUGAAGAGAACCACUAAGAGCUGGCGUCACCCACUCAGGAAACCUACUGCAAGGGCUGUACCCACUGCCGUCAAACAACAGGCUGCCAGUGAUGAUGAGCCCCCUGAAGCAAGCCUGGCAGAGGAGGAGGAGACUGAAAUUGAAACGUGGGCGAAACCCCUCGUUUACCUGUGGCAGAGCAGGAAGAGCUCCUUCACAGCAGAGAGGGAGUACAAUGCUCAUGCAGCCACCAUGCAGCCAUAUUGUGCUGUGUGCACACUCUUCAUGCCCUACUAUCAGGCUGAAGACAAAGCAGAGGACAAUAGACCUUUCAUAGCUAAGGACACUUCCGAAUCAUCCUCUCUUGAGGAGGGCUCCACACGUCCCUGCAGAGGUCUGAGGAGGACCAAGCCCCUGGUCCCUGAGAUCUGCUUUUCUUUCCGGGAGCAGAACUGCCCUCCGACACCCACAAACCCUCUGCUGCAGGAAGAUGGCACCUCCCCUCUGCUCUACUGCCAGGGCUGUUGCCUGCAAGUCCAUGCAAGUUGCUAUGGUGUCCCUGCAGAUGAUGUCAGCGAACAGUGGUCAUGUGAUCGCUGCACAGAAGGAAGUUUUACAGCAGAAUGCUGUCUCUGUAACCUCAGAGGUGGGGCUCUGAAGAAAACCCAAAACGACAAAUGGGCCCAUGUGAUGUGUGCAGUAGCACUACCAGAGGCGAGGUUCAGCAAUGAAGCCAAGAGGGGUCCCAUUGACACCAGUAGGAUCCCCAUGCAGCGAUAUAAGCUGAAGUGCAUCUAUUGUCGUAAGCGCUGCGCGGGGAGGCGGCAGGCAGGUGCUUGUAUCCAGUGCUCAUGCGGCCGGUGUCCCACCUCCUUUCAUGUGACCUGUGCCCAUGCUGCCGGUGUAAUCAUGGAGCCUGAUGAUUGGCCGUAUGUGGUGUCAAUCACCUGCCAUAGACACCAAUCACGGAGCUCUUCAGCUAAGCAGCGAGCAAGCCAAGCGUCUAUCUCACUGGGCCAGACGGUGAUCUCAAAACACAAGAACCUGCGCUACUACAGCUCCAAGGUCACACAGAUCACGUCCCAGAUGUUCUACGAGGUCAUGUUUGAUGAUGGCUCCUUCUCCAACGAUACCUACCCUGAGGAUAUAGUGAGCAGAGAUUGUGCAAACUUGGGUCCUCCUGAAGUGGGGGAAGCUGUUCAAGUGAAAUGGCCUGAUGGGCUCUUCUAUGGUGCCAAAUACCUGGGAUCCAACGUCUCCUACAUGUACCAGGUGGAGUUUGAGGACGGGUCUCAGGUGCUGGCAAAGAGAGAAGAUGUCUAUACUUUAGACGAAGACCUGCCCAAAAAGGUGAAACGUAGACUUUCCACGGCCUCAAGCAUGCGUUUCCAGGACGCCUUCUUUACCACGCAAGGGGAGAGGAAACGGCAGCGAACACCUAAUUCACGAUUCCAAAAAGACUAUGUGGCCCUGCCAGGCCUCCGUACAACUGCCAAAAGCACAUGGGAGCAACGCAGCCACAAAGGGAAAUGAAGUCAUGGGGAAGUAUCAGUGAGAAUUGAAUGCACUGAGUUAACAGUGGAUGUAGAGGGGAGGUUGUGUGUGUGUGUGUGUGUGUGUGUGUGUGUGUGUGUGUGUGUGUGUGUGUGUGUGUGUGUGUGUGUGUGUGUGUGUGUGUGUGUGUGUGUGUGUGUGUGUGUGUGUGUGUGUGUGUGUGUGUAUCAAUCUACUUCCAUCUUAACGACUAUUGCCCAGACAACCUCCCUGUGAAUAGAUCAGAGGAAAUGAUGUAAGGGAAUUGGUGAUUUGGGUGAGAUGGAGGUUACAAUACCUGCGCUUGUACAUUAUACAUCAGUGAUUGGUUGAUGGGUGGUGUGACAUGCUGCAGACGAAUUCUGAUUGGACAGCUGGACUCUACAGAAUGGGUUAACCGAUGGCAUUGUUGCCUCACUUGCCUAGUGCUUUCACAUCCGUCAGGGAAAAAACAAACUGUGACUUAACAUUUGUCACAUCACCCUUUUUGAAAUAAACCACCACUUUUUUCCUUGUACAUGAAAAAUUCAAAAGUGAGAUUUUUCUAAAUAGCUUGCCUACAGUAGGUUUUUUGGGGGUCUGUUAUUUCCAGUUUAAUUUUGAGUAUUUAUGCACUUUGCUUGUAGUAUUUUCCUCAUGUCUUACUGUUUCUCCCCGCAUGUUAAACACUGUCUCUAAACUGCUUCUGCUGGGCCAAAUCCAAGCACACCACAAUGGCUUCCUCUCUGCACAUUUUUUAAUUAAUGCUGACAGAAAUAUGUUAAUUGUGUAAUUUGACAUUGAAAAAUGCAUCAGUAGAGAAAAAAAUGAUUGAAGACAUGCUAAUCACGCAAGGUAAAAAGAUUCAGACAGGAAGUCAUUCCUGUGUGUUGGAUUCUGAGCCCUUUUAACGUGAAAUGCUACUGUUACUCUGUUGAAUGAAACACAUUGAUGACAUUAUUUAAAAUUUGUAUUUAUUUCUGGCUUGGUAUAGUUAAACUAUUGCUAACUGCUGUAAGGAAAACAAUAAAAAUGCAUAUUUGUUUUUUUUGUAAUUGAAUUGUCAUUAAUUUAUUGGCAAUUCCAGAUGCAGUGGAAUAAACUGCUUACAGUAUGUGAUGGUGUACACUAGUUUGACCAUUGAAUCCAUUGAAUUCGGGUUAUAUGUUUGAUGCUGAAAAUGAAUAUUGGAACAAUAAUUUGAACAAUAAUCCAUAUUUAAAUGGUUAUUUUAUUAAAAUAUACACUACAAUGUGAUGUUGUGAUUGCUAUGUUGAAAAAAAGUGAAAGGGAUGAUAACAUUGCCAGUGCUGGCUAUGAAUGAUU